AUGUGUCUAUCAAAAUGGGGUUAUUGUGGAAAAGGAUCAGAUUAUUGUGGUGAUGGUUGUCAAGCUGGUCCAUGUACGGGAAAUAAUGGGAAUAAUGGAGGUAAUUCCGGUGAUAUCAUCAACAGCGAUACUUUUGCUUGUGCAUUUAACACAAUCGAUGGUGCAACACUAAGCAAUCGAUUUAAUGGAUUGCAGGCAACAGGGUGGAAACCAUCGAACAAAGAUGAAGCAGCCGUCUUUCUCGCUCAUGUUUUUCAUGAAUCAGACGGUCUCAAAACAGUACGAGAAUAUUGUGCUCCAGGUAUGACGUUUUUAAAACAGUGA